AUGGCUUCUAGCACAACUAUCAUACCUGAUCCGACGAGUACACUUGCAUUUCGUACCGAUGAUGUCGCUCCAUACUUCAUCAACAGUACUCUCGCGGUCGUGGGUGGCCAAACUAUGACAGUCCAUUCGGGCGUCGGUUUCAUCGUCACCGCCACCGAGCAGACUUAUAUUUCCGGAUCCUCAAUUACUGUUGGUCAAUUAGUUACCAUAUUUCCGCCAGGAAAAAUUGUCAUUGCUACAAAUACCAGCAGCAUAGAUUCAGUUUCGACUGCCCUGGAUACAGCUUCUUCCACACUAAAUCCAGAAUCCUCCGAUCCUUUACGCGGGGGUUCAGACACCUCAGCAGCCAAAAAGUCGCUCAAUUCCCUAUCGAUAGGUGCCAAAGUAGGCAUUGGAGUCGGAAUUACCAUGCUAUUCCUAGUCUUUACAGCAUUUCUAGCCUUAUUCUUUUUUCGCUACGGCAAACGUUCAGCGCAAGUACGAUAUCGCCCGAACCCUCCCACACCUCCGCCUAAGAAUGGCCCAUCACGUCCCGUAAGCGGACCGAUCGACCCUCUGAGUUGUCGAAUCGAAGAUUUUCCACAAGAACCAUAUGAGCUAUGGAGUCCGGCAAUGAGUGACUUGGAGAAGAAGGGAAGUACGGAACUGGAAGGAUGUCAAGUUGAGGGACUUGUGGAGACGAAGAAAGGGAAGAGAGCGGAACUAGAUGGACGAACGAGACGUUGGGGGAGUGGAUUGGCAGAUGGAGAGCGCGAGAGGAAGAGUGAGAGUGGGAAUUGGUUAAGUAAUUGGAGUCGGUGGGUUGAUAGAGUGUGA